AUGACAGAUCGCUCAAGCCUCACCCUCCAUGAAUUUUGGAGAGAGCAUUUUGACAUUGUGAGCUGUCUGCAGAUUAUCACCAUUGCAUGGGCCGGGGUCAGCCAGACAAACCUAAAUUCUGCUUGGCGCAACCUGUGGCCAGACUGUGUUGUGAAACCUGCCUCCAGUGCUUCUGCACCAGAGUCAACAGUGUUGGAGGAAAUUGUUUCCUUGGGGAGGACCAUGGGCCUGGAGGUGACUGAGGAGGAUGUGUACGAGCUGGUGGAGGAACACGACCGUGACCUAACCACUGAGGAGCUGGUGGAAUUGCAGAAGGAGGCGAUGGAGGAGCAGACCGAGGGGGAGGAGGAAAUGAGUGAGGAACAGCUCUCUUCCACGGAACUCAAGGAGGCAUGCCAAAUGUGGUAA